AUGCAGUUUCAAGUAAGGGUCCUGGUACUGACUAUAUUUGCUCUUGCCUGUGUAGGUGCCCUAUAUUUAGGCCUAGCCGACCUCUCACUCCCUCACGACAAGGUUAUACAUUUCAGCACUUUUUUCAUUCUCAGUACUCUAUUCUACUGGUUAUUUAAGACAAGAUAUAGGUACUUUGCUAGCAUUUCGACAUUCAUAAUAUGCACAAUUUGCGGGUCAGUUGGGAGUGAAUUUCUACAACAUUGGGUUUCUCCAUAUAGAACAUUUGAUAAACAUGACAUAAUAGCCAAUUUAUGUGGUUCUUUUGCUGCAAUCAUAGUCUCAGAACUAUACAGAUAUUUCCUCCAUAUUGAUGAACAGAAUACAUACUAUGAAUCAGUACCAUUGAAUGAUAUUAUAGUAUAG